AACACGAAGCAGGAGUUCAAGUCCUCGGGAGACGUCUCCCUGCUGACGGAUGCGACCGGUACCUUCCCCAACUCCGGGCAGGGCAUCUACGUCCGCGCAGUACUGCCCGCACCACCGCCCGGCGCCCCGCUGCCGCCAAAUCCACAGCCGUCCAACCCAAAUCCCCUGCUACCGCCCAGUCCUCAACCACCCAGCCCUCAGCCUCCUAGGCCGCAGCCACCUACGGGCCCUUACGUGGCUCAGCUCAUUAUGAACCGGCAAGCAGCGUGUGUACUGGUCGCGCCAGCUGGCAAAGUAAAAUGCUGGGGCAACAACGACAAUGGAGAGCUUGGGGCCACAUUCUCGGGUACUGUAGCCACAGCCGGUUCAUUGCCGCAAAACUUGCCGUACGUCGACUUUGGCAACACGACUGGGCCGGUGCUUGGUCUGACACUGUCG